UAUCAUGAUGUUGAGAGUCUGUAUUUCAGUAGGGACUGGGCUUCAUAUUAUAAUAGAGGGAAGAAUUGAUGGUGCCAAUACAGGGAAAUGCUGCAACUUGUGAAUCCUGAUAUGUAUAGCAGAGAGGGCUGGUGCAUGUGAGCUCACAAUCUCUUCUUUCUUUCUAUGUCUCCACACAGUGAAAUUUCCAAGCGACGAAGCGUUUUUAUAGCGUUUUCGAAGCGAUUUUCCGAGCGAUUUAGCAGUGAUUGUUAUAUAGAGAUAUUCAGCGAUAUUCCAUCAGAUUUUUGGCGUUUGGAAAAACCAUCUUCCUUUGACGUCAGCUGAUAUCGUCUUUUUAACCCAACAGCUCUUUUAAGAGCUAAAAAACUUGGGCGCAAUGCUAUUCUGCGCCCCCUGGAGGAAGCCACAGGCGGAAUCCAGAUCCCUCUCCGAGAUUUAUAAGCCUCCUGAUGGUCGGCUGACCAAGGAUGUGCUUCUUGGAGAAGGCGGCACCGGAGAAGUCUACAAGGGACGACACCAUCGAAGAGGCGUGGUAGCGGUGAAGAUCGCCAACAUCAGCCGAGAUGAAGAGUCAGUCAUGAGGGAGCUGAAGUUUCUCCAGCAGUUCGGAGGACACAAGAACAUUGCCUCUUACUAUGGAGCUUACUACAGGGCUCCACUCACGGAGUGCUCAUCGGAGCACUUGGAAGUAAGAAAUGAUUUACUGUAUCGUGUUCAUUCCUCUCAAUCUCCACUGGAAGUGAUAGAAUACAUGACCUUAAAUAAUUUCUAUAUAUUGCAGAUUGUUCUCGAGUACUGUGGUGGCGGCUCUCUCCACACCCUCAUCAGCAGGACCAAUGGCCAAUCCCUGAAGGAGACCUGGAUUGGCUAUGUCUGCAAGGAGGUUUUAAAGGGGCUGCACCACAUCCACAAGAACCGGGCCGUUCAUAGAGACAUCAAGAGCCUGAACAUCAUGCUCACAGAGACGGCCAAAGUGAAGACCAUCGACUUUGGAAACAGCUGGGACCUGGAUCCGCAGACUGGAUUGUGCCACGAAGCAGACGGGACUGCACAUUGGAUGGCACCCGAGGCCAUAAGGCAGAAGGGCCAGCGCCUGGCGUACGACACCAAAUGUGACAUCUGGUCGCUGGGCAUAACCGCCAUCGAAAUGGCCGAGGGAAAACCACCAUACGCAGAUGAAUACCCGGUGGAGCACCUGAUUAGAGAAGCCCAACCACCGAGGCUUCAAUCAAACAACUGGUCACAAAAUUUUGUGUCCUUCUUGGAGUCCUGCCUGAAGAAGGAUCCUUCGGAGAGAGGGAGUGCUGAAGAACUCCUGCAGCACCCAUUUGUCACCCAACUGCCGCCUAAGAAGAUCAUCAGGGCUGAGAUUGAAAACCAUCUCCGGAUUCUGCAUGUCAGGGAACCGGGAGUUCCCUCUGGGGAGUAGUCCGGAUUUAGGAGGAAGCCCCUCAGGAG